CGUUAGACAAUCCCUUUGCCAAAUACAAUUUGGAAUUAAAUUAUCAAUAAUCCUAGGAAUAUGAAAGGAUUGAAUGAAAGAAAAGGAUUUGAUUUUGAUUACUAUCAAAGAAAUGCUCUUUUACAAGAGCGCGGAUUCCCCUCUCCCAAGGCGACAUCCACUGGUACCACCAUUGUUGGCGUGAUUGCCAAAGAUUGCAUCGUUUUAGGUGCCGAUACAAGGGCUACUGCGGGACCAAUCAUUGCUGAUAAAAACUGUAGAAAGUUACAUUUAAUUUCUCCUAAUAUUUGGUGUGCUGGUGCUGGUACUGCUGCUGAUACGGAAUUUGUAACCUCGAUGAUUUCUUCUAACGUUGAGUUGCAUUCUAUGUAUGUGAAUCGGAAGCCAAGAGUGGUGACCUCCCUGACAAUGUUGAAGCAGCACCUCUUCCGUUAUCAAGGAUAUAUUGGAGCUUAUCUCGUCCUUGGUGGAUAUGAUUGCAAGGGCCCGCACUUGUUUACGAUUGCUGCCCAUGGUUCCAGCGACAAGUUACCCUAUGUUGCUCUUGGAUCUGGUAGUCUUGCUGCUAUUUCUAUCCUUGAAACCAAGUACAAACCCAACUUAGAACGCCAUGAAGCUAUGGAGCUUGUUCGUGAAGCAAUUGAAGCUGGUAUUUUCAAUGAUCUUGGUUCCGGUUCAAAUUGUGAUUUGGUUGUUAUUGAUAACGAAAAGGCUACUCCUUAUCGUGGCUAUUCAAAGCCUAACGAACGUGCCAAGAAGGAGCAGAAUUACAAAUACGAGCGUGGUACUACGGCUGUUUUACGGGAAGACAUCCACAAGUUUGUUACAGUUGAAACAUUAGACGAAAUGGAAGUCGACGUUUAAAAGGGUCGAGAUUUCUUUGCAAAAAAAUGUAUAGCAGUUUCAAUGUACCUGCAGCUUGUUUAUUCUUUCGCCGAAUCUAUAUUCAGUGCUAUUUUCUUAUUUUUAGUUUAUGACGCUACGCUAGGAUGCAAAGAAUUGACAUUUCACUUGAAAAUCAUUCGUGCUUCCUACCUUUCUACCAUCCUUCUAUGUUAUGAGAAUGACUUCUGCCCUCUUGCUGUCCUUUAUAAAUAAGUACCAGCUCUCAAUUCCCGUAUGUCCCUCUAGUUUUCAUAGAAAUAUAUUCAUUCUUAACGACUAAUAGAACAUCUUACGCAAUAUAUUACCU